AUGGCUGCCUUCAUUCGGCCUAUCUGCCGCCUGGCAGCGUCCCGUAAGGGCCUUCCCACUGACGGCCAUCACCUAGCGCUGUUGUCGGUUCCAUACGCCAGCCUCUGCCGUAUCAAUUCUCAGCCUACAACGACAAGCACAGCGCUGCUGCUGGUCAGUAAGUGCAUGCAAUCCGAUUCACAAGGCCAGGAGGAGCCACAAAGCGCCAGCAGUGUCUGCCUGCGGUGGCUUAGCACUGCACCAAAUGGAGCCACCGGCAGCAGUAGUGGCAGACAAGCAAAGGAAGUUGUGCGGGCGCCUGCCCUGGGCGAGUCUACAACUGAUGGCACUGUCUUCAAGUGGUUACACGGCGUUGGGUCCGUGGUGACUCCAGAGGAGGUUCUGUGCGUUCUCGAGACUGGCACAAAAUCCGUUAAUGUGUCCACCAAAGUAGCAGGAAAAAUUGUGAGUAUCGCAGCAGGUGCAGGCAGCAGGGUUGUUGUGGGUAGUGAGCUUGCAGUGAUAGAGCCUCUUUCCUCAUCUGCUUUAGCAACCGAGGAAAUAGCAGCAACAACAGCGGCAGCAACGCCACAGGCUGAUACUGGGGCAGUGAUGCCGCAUGGGGCUGCUGCAUUAGUGGCGGCGGGUGAGGGCUUCAGCCGGCGGACACCAAGCAUUCUGUUUAGGAGUGUCAGGAACAGACUGGAACGCUUGGGACUCAUUCCUCACCAGCAGCAGCAACAGCCACAGCAGCAGCAACAGCAGCAGCAGGCUUCAAAGCCUGAGUGCAGCAGCAACAGCAGCCAGCAACAGCAAAAAAUUGCAUCCCCAGACUCAGGGAGGGCGGCGCCGCAGCCAACCGUCAUCCGAUACAGUGGUAUCCACGACCUUCCCCCUUUCCUGCUACGUCCAGCUCUCAGUGCUGAGGAAAUGGAAACCGUGAACGGAGGAGGGCCCGCAAAUAUUGAUGAUGCUGUUCGUUCUUGGACGAUGUCUUUGGCAUAUCAUCCUCAGCCACCAGCUAUGAAGUGGCCCCACGGCAACAAGGGUUCUAAGAGACCGGAGGGGCCCUUCAAGCGCGCUUCUGCCUGA